AUGACUUCACAAGGUCAGGGAGAUGUAUAUAUAUAGUGCAGAGGGAGAAGGGUGAGAACCCUACUGAACUCAACAGUGACAGAUUUACAAGUAACAGACUAUACAACCAUCUCUGCUAUGAAGACAACAAGAAGUGUUGCCCUUCUUGGGCUUGUGCUUUUCAGCUGCCUUUCUGAUAUUGUUAUUGCUCAACGACGGGCCUCCUGCAGCCUGUACCGGUUGUCCGGAAAAAUGCAGUUUGCCUGUCCCCGCAACUACGAACCCGUCUGCGGGACCAAUGACGUGACCUACCCCAACGAGUGCACCCUCUGCAAUGAAAUCAUCCGUAACCAAGCCAUCGACAAGAAGCACGAUGGAAGAUGUGUUAAGCUCGACUGUACUGGCUACCUGAGAUCAAGCAAUGGUCAUGCAACCGCCUGCACCCUGGAGUACAUGCCCAUCUGCGGCACCAACGGGGUUACCUACACAAACAAGUGCAACUUCUGCAAUGCUGUGGCGAACGGACUGGACAUAAACCUGCGCCAUGUUGGAGAAUGCUUUGAGCAGAUUGACUGCAGCGAACAGAAGGGUAGCGAUCUCAUCUGCACCGCCGACUAUAACCCUGUUUGCGGCUCCGAUGGCAAAACUUACGGAAACGAGUGCCAGUUCUGCAGCGCAGUUUUGCGGAGCCAGGAAACUCUGUUCCUCAAACACCGUGGUGAAUGCUGAGCGCUAGAGCCGUACCCUUCGCCCUGAUUUUUCCCUUACAAAUCCUGCAAACACGCUCUUC